ACAUGUUCCUUCCACUUGCUUCCUUUUUCUUCUUCACUACUACAUAACUUCUCUAGCUACCCUAAAAUUGUCACAAUCCUUAAUUUCUGUUUCUAUCAAUUUUGGAUUUUUUUUCUCAUCGGCAGAUAUGUCGAAUUUAUGUGACGCUCGCCGGAGGAAUGGAAACGGCAAGGCGCCGGAGAGAUCAAGUUUCGUACAGACUUGUAACUUGUUGAGUCAGUUUAUUAAAGGGAAAGCUACUAUUAGAGAUCUGAAUCUCGGAAUCGCCGGUCAGCCGGAAGCUGCAGGGAAAACUGAAACUGCAACUAUGGAUUUAUUAACAGUCAUGGAAAAACCAUCUAUUGAUCUAACAAAAGAAGAACACAAAUCCGUAGAUCUUGUUACAACAGAGUCUUCUAGAGAGAAGGAGGCCGCUGUAAAUGAGCCCAGCACAAGCAAAGAGGCACCAAAGGAGCCUAAGGCAGCCCAAUUGACUAUGUUCUAUGAUGGUAAAGUGAUUGUUUUUGAUGAUUUCCCUGCUGACAAAGCUAGAGCAGUGAUGUUAUUGGCUAGUAAAGGAUGUCCUCAGAGUUCAUUUGGGACUUUCCAGGCUAUAAACAUCGACAAAAUUAACACAUGUUCUCCUGCCCCUGCUUCUUUGACAAGUAAUAGAACUGAUUCUGUUGCACCACAGCAACAACACCUCCAGAUUAAGCCAGACUCUUGCUCUGCUGCACCGCAACAGCACAAGCACAAUUCGCCCCCACUCCAUGUUUGUAGUAGUACUAAAACUGAUCAGCUUAAGCUCGGAUCAGUUUCAUCUGCACCCUUAGUAGAGCAGGAGCAACACAAGCAAAUCCAGUCACAGGCUGCCGAAAUUAGCAGCAGCUCCGAGCUACCUAUCGCAAGAAGAUCUUCACUUCAUAGGUUUCUCGAGAAGAGGAAAGAUAGGGCAACUGUUAGAGCUCCAUACCAAGUUGUACGUAACAAUCCGUUGUUACCAUCUUCUUCGAAUACUAAUGGUGAAUCAUCUUCUAAGGAUAGCGAAGAUCAGCUCGAUCUCAAUUUCAAGUUAUAGCCAGAACUCCACUCUCGCAGUUGGAAUUCCAUAAGCUUUUUUUUGGUUGACCACCACUGCAUGAGCUAGUAGUAUUAAUAUAUAUUUAGAUCAGUGAUUUGAAGAUUAUUUUUCCAGCUCAGCUUAGCUUACAGAUUAUAUUUCUUGUAUUAGAUAUCGUUUAUUAUUACCAACUGAAUAUUAUGACUUUUUUGGUUGUUAAAAUAGAAUGUGUAAUUAAUCUUUGGUUUCCCAUUUUUCACGUUUCGCCUUCAUGAAGAUGUGAAGUUCUCUGUGAAUCUUGUUAGUGUUAAUUACGGUAGUAAUACUAACCUUUUUGAGGAAAA